AUGCAGACCAUGGAAAUACCAGACUCUGCAAUUGUGGCCAGUUCUUCCUAUGACAAAGGAACUGUGGGACCAAAAAAUGCUAGAAUUCGCACAGAGAAGAAUGGGGGAGCUUGGUGUCCAAAAAAUGUGAUCACUAAGGAUACAUAUGAAUAUUUACAGAUUAAUCUAGGAGAACUAUAUGUUAUAACAGAUGUAGAAACUCAGGGUAGAUUUGGAAAUGGCAAGGGCCAGGAAUACACUGAAGCCUAUGUGCUGGAGUACCAACGUGAGGACAAUGGCCAAUGGCUUCGAUUCAGAAAUAGAGGAGGUGAUGAGAUCUUUCCUGGCAACCAAAACACAUACCGAGCUGAGUUACGUGGUGUAUCACCACCCAUCAUUGCAAAGCGUAUUCGCUUCAUUCCUUAUAGUGAACACCCACGCACAGUAUGUAUGCGCGUGGAAAUGUAUGGAUGCAAGUGGGAAGAUGGUCUUCUAUCCUACAACAUGCCCCAGGGCCACCAACGUGGCACUGAACUCGAUUUUAACGGUGGAAAAUACUACAGAGAUGAAAUAAGGUUUGACUAUGUCAAAGACACGGUCGUGGAAUAUGCUCGUGAUGUCCUUAUUAAUUUGAAGCACAACAUUGGAAGAUUCAUUAAGAUGCAACUAUUUUUUGAAGCUAGGUGGAUUCUGAUAAGUGAAAUUCGUUUUGUAUCAGUAAAACUGGAGGGUAACUUUUCAGAUGAACUUCCUCCUCCAACAACAAACACACCGACCGUAUCCCCAGAAAAAGGAGUCUCCAAGACAAAUGAUGAAAAACGUGUGAAUCUAUGGAUUCCUAAAAAUAUAUCACCAGGCAAUCACAAUCUUGGCCACAAAGGUCCCAUCACACAUGGAGGUCAACAGCACAAAGCACCAAAGGUCAUGGAUGACAGCUAUGUUGGAAUAAUCAUUGGUGCUCUCGCUGCCCUCAUAAUUAUUCUGUUCAUUGUGGCUGUAAUAAUUGUGGUGAGGCAUCGGCAAUGCAAACAUAACAACAACCGCCCAUGUCAAAAACCAGUCGUCCUCGGCGACCGGCAUGUGACCAUAAAUUUAAGCGACCUGCGGGGUAGUUGCACCAAUGGUAAGCUUUCCCACGGUAACAUGUACAACAGUGUAGCAACAGAUGACAUGGACUCUGAUCGAGAAUUGUGUGCUGGCAGUGCAGAUAAGCUGUGUUCGAAAAGCAGUGGCAGCGGAAAUUACCUGGAACCCAAAGAUAGCAUUCAGGGGAGAAAACUCCCUGAUUUGCCUCCCACCCCUGAUUCUUCAGAUUCGCGUGAUUAUGCAGUUCCUGACGUGACCAAGUCUUCGUUGACAGUGUCCCUACCACCACGCCCCCCGCGGCCACCAAAAGGUACACCAAUCAUGGGGAAUACUCUGGACAAACCCCCCAAUUAUGAAGCACUGUACGCUGCUGCAGACAUUGUCAAUGUGCAUGUGCCCAACAUUCCUAGUCUGCAGGGGGUCAGUGGCAACAAUAUCUAUGCAGUACCCAAUGCCGAUCUGCUGCUUAGUAUUGACUACUCAGUCCCAGAGUUCCCCAGAGAUAACCUGAAAUUUAUUGAAGUACUCGGAGAAGGACAGUUUGGAGAGGUUCAUUUGUGUGAAGCCGCCCGAAUCACUGAUUUUCUAGGGGAUGAAUUUGUGGUGACAAGGACAACCCCACGGUCAAUGUUAGUUGCUGUAAAGAUGCUACGUCCUAGUGCAGAUGACAGAGCGAGAGCUGAUUUCCACAAAGAAAUAAAGAUCAUGUCUCAGCUGAAAGACCCAAAUAUUGUACGUGUGCUUGGAGUCUGCACCCAAGAAGAGCCUCUGUGCAUGAUUGUUGAAUACAUGAAGUAUGGAGAUCUCAACCAGUUUAUCCUGGAGCAUGUUCCAGAGAGUCCUGUUGCAGCUGCAACAAACGCCAAAACUUUAAGUUAUGGCUGUUUAAUCUUCAUGGCAUCACAAAUUGCUUCAGGGAUGAAAUACCUCGAGUCACUGAAUAUGGUCCAUCGUGAUCUGGCCACAAGGAAUUGCCUUGUGGGCCACAACUACUGCAUCAAGAUUUCCGACUUUGGUAUGAGUAGGAGUCUCUACAGUGCAGACUAUUACAGGAUAGAGGGAAGAGCUGUACUACCCAUCCGAUGGAUGGCCUGGGAAAGCAUUCUCUUGGGCAAGUUCACGACUAAAAGUGACGUAUGGUCAUUUGCUGUUACACUCUGGGAAAUAUUAACGUUUGCAAAAGAACAACCUUAUGAAGCGUUAACAGAUGAACAGGUGAUUGAAAAUGCUGGACAUUAUUAUCGAAAUGACGGACGUCAAGUAUAUCUUCCCCAACCGCCCAACUGCCCAAAGGAGAUCUACGACCUCAUGCGUGAGUGCUGGAAUCGACAAGAGAGUGAACGACCGUCAUUCAGAGAAAUCCACAUGUUUCUCCAGCGUAAAAACAUGGGGUACAAUCCUAAGGACGAAAAAAUGAACCAAAUUAAAGUACCAAUCUGCUGA